AUGAGCGCGAGCACUUGCCAGCCUCUCAAGAUCGCCAAUCGGCGCGAUGGUGGCGAUCCCUGCUGGAUCGAGAGCCGCGAGCUCCUGAUUGCGGCGGUGAGAUCUUGCAGGAGUCUAGCGCAGGGGAGAUCACUCCACGCUCGGAUCCUGGAGAGCGAUCACGCCGGGGACAAAUUCCUGGCCAAUCUCCUCAUCCAGAUGUAUGGCAGCUGCGGCGCGCUCCACGACGCACGCGGCGUCUUCGAUGCCAUGCCGGAUCCAAACGAUUUCUCGUGGAAUAUUUUGCUGGGCGCCCACGCGCGCAACGACGAUCUCGCCGGUGCCAAGGAGGUCUUCGAUCGCAAUCCCUGCAAGGACAAGGUCUCCUGGACGACAAUGCUCCGCGCCUAUGCCACGCGCGGGCAUUUGCAAGACGCGCAAGAGAUUUUUGACCUAAUUCCCGACCCAGAUCUCUUUUCCUGGAACACACUCCUCACAUCCUACUCUCAAGAGCUUCGUAUAUGCCAAGCCAAGCAAAUUUUCGAUUAUAUGCCUAAUAGAGACAUAGUAUCUUGGAAUGCCCUCUUGUCAGGAUAUUCCCAAAUCGGGUAUCUGGAAGACCUUAAAACUCUAUUCACCAGGAUGCCCUCGUGGAACGUGGUGACGUGGACGACAAUGGCGAAGAUCGUGUUUGACGGAAUGUGCGAGCGUACCGUUGUGUCCUGGAGCACCAUGCUGACGGCAUAUUCCAUGUCCGGUCACAUGUACGGGGCAAAACGGACAUUCGAUUUGAUGCCUCAAACGGACGUGGUGUCGUGGAACGUACUUUUAGGAGCAUAUGCCCGGAAUGGGCAUAUGUACGGAGUAAAAGAACUAUUUGAUUCCAUGCCACAGAGGAACUUAGCGGCAUAUACUCUCAUGCUGCAAGCUUACAGCGGCAAGGGGUACAUUGAAGCCGCAAAGAUUCUGUUUGAUUCCAUGCCGGAGUUUAACACCAUCUCGAGCACGGCUAUGGUGGCCGCGUUUGGACGAAACGGCCAGACGCAGCACGCUAAGAGGCUGUUUGACACCAUGGAAGAACGCACUGUUGUUGCCUGGAACGCCUUGCUUGGAACGUUUGUCACGAACGGGGAGCUCGAGGAGGCCGAAAAGCUUCUGGAGAGAAUGCCCGAACAAAACUUUGGAUCCUUUGCUUCGAUCUUCGGCCAGCACCAUGGACGGAGUUUUCACUUGAUGAACUUGCUGGGACUCUCGGCCACGGACGAGGAUGCUGUGUAG